AUGGCCCUUCCCGCCUCUGCGCCAGAGUUAUGGCGUCAGAUUGGGGCGCCCAACGACAGGCGUGCAGCAUUCGGCACGCCGGGAUGCGUCCAACUCCGCCACGGCACCAGUCACGUCUGCACGAUCGGCAGGGGCGGCCAGAGGUGGCCUUCUGGAAUGCAAGCUGUGGGUCGCAGUGAUGGAGCAGUCAACGAUCAAGAUGGUGAUUUUUGGGCAAGGCAAUGUGGCACAGCUACUUCUGCUGUUGUGGCCCUCAGCAUGUUUGUGGUCCCUUAUGUGGGAACUAAUGCAACCAUGUUUGAGGCGCCAGCUGCCAUGCUUGCUGGGGAAGAACGCCGAACAGUGGACUUAUUCAAAAGGAACACGCCAGCUGUUGUCAAUGUCACAAAUAUGGGCAUGAGACAGGACGCCCUCACGCUGGACAUACUGGAGAUUCCACAGGGAGCAGGGUCAGGCUUUGUUUGGGACAACAGUGGACAUGUGAUCACAAAUUACCAUGUCAUACAGGAUGCAUCGGACGUCCAGGUGACGUUGAGCAAUGGGAAACAGUACAUGGCCAAGGUGGUUGGUAUCGACAGGGAGAAGGACAUCACGGUCCUGAAGCUUAAUGAUGCAGACUUGACUGGUGUGAGCCCUGUGACUGUCGGGAAUUCGGCAGACUUGGAAGUGGGGCAAAGAGUGUACGCCAUUGGCAAUCCCUUUGGCCUGGACCAUACCCUGACCACAGGAGUCAUAAGCGGCACAGGAAGAGAAAUUGGCUCAGGGGUUGGGGGCAGGCCCUUACAGGACGCCAUUCAAACAGAUGCUGCCAUCAACCCGGGCAACUCAGGGGGGCCCCUUCUUGACAGCAGAGGGAAGCUCAUUGGCAUGAACACCGCCAUCUACUCCCCAUCUGGUGCAAACAGCGGUGUGGGAUUCGCCAUUCCGGUGGACAUCGUGAGGUCGAGUGUGGAUCAGAUCAUAAAGUAUGGAAAGGUCAUUCGGCCAUUUCUUGGCAUAUCUUUCGCCACGGACCACUCCAUCGACCAGCUAGGAGUCCAAGGCAUCCUUGUGCUGAAGACGAAGCACGGCAGUUCUGCUGACAAAGCAGGCAUCCGGGGGACAUCCCGGGAUGAGCUUGGCCGGCUGUCACUUGGGGACAUCAUUAUCUCGAUGGACGGCUCCAAGAUAAAGACGGCAACAGAUUUGUAUCGGGUGCUUGACAAGUGCUCUGUAGGAGACACACUGGAUGUUGAGGUGCUGCGCAAAGACUCACAAGAGCACAUAAGUGUCGUGCUUGAGAGUGACUGA